AUGUCUGAAGAAGACACCGACCCUCCAGGGCUGCGAGGUCUGCGCAUCGCCCUUGUCGGUGCGCCGGCUUUCAUGCAGCAAUUUCCCGAACGCUCCCUUGUGUGGGCGAAUGGGAAAUCGAGAAAAGUCACCUUCGACAAAGUUUGGAACGGUGUGCUGUCGAUCCACAUUGCGGGAGACGUCGUGGUCAGCAUGUAA